UAUCGCUCAUGGUGCAAGAAGACCGGCUUUGAGUCCAUGCUACCUGAGGAUACCUCUGCACGAAAGAAAGCCGCUCACUCUUCUGCUGCAACUCUGGAUCAAAGCACGCUCGACGCCUACACAAGGCCAAUUGAGACACCUCCGCCCGCCUACAGCGACGAUGUGUUCGGUGAUGCAGCCAUUGACUGGACUAUCGCCACUGACCAGCCGCUGAGCGUGUUUGACCACCCAAAGUACCAGGAAAUGAUCGCGAUCGCCGCCCGUACUAAGAACGGUGUCAAGAUA